AAAGCAAAGUCUUCUCAAACAUGCAUUAGAUCUGUCACCAUAUGCUGGAAUAUUCCUGCGGAUCCUCCAGUUGCUGCUAUUUCUACCUUUUCUAAGUCCAAGAAUAGCCACCAACCCGUUCCCCGUCCUCAGACAAAAUUAAACAACCCUCCGUCGGAAGAAGCCAGAGUUGAAAAUUUAGUCAAACUAGCGGAAAACUUGGACAAUUUCCCAUUUGAUUCCAAAGAGGAUUCCACCAAUAAGUGUUUACAGGAUUUACUGGAAGUUCUUAGUAAAAUUGACGAUCUUGUGGAAGACAUUUUUAUUGUUGACCAAUCAGACAAGUUACAGGACGAAGAUGCUGAUGGGAAGAUGAGCAACAAUCAGCAGAAUUUCCGUGCCAGGAUCCAGGCUUUUGAGAGCCAGGCUGAUGCCAAGGAGGGAAAUGCAUCUCAAAUAGGCACACCAAGCCUUCCGCCAAGGACGGCUUCUUGCAGACCGCCAGUUGCUGCUAAACCAUCUGCAGCUUUUAGAAGUACAAGUUUAGACGACACCAACAAAAAUGAGCCAACUGCACAAAACCCCCAAAACCCUUUCACAGGCUCCAAAGUGCAACCCCCUGUAAAACCGGUGAGACAGUCCUUGAGAAACGAGCUAGAGGCUUUUCACAGCAAAGGGAAUACAUCAAACAGCCCAAAUCCUUUUGCCCUGACCAGUACUGAUGGCUUCGAGGAAGAGGAACCUCCACUGAUGUCACCCAUCCCUCCGUUGAAACCUUUCAAAGAACCUCUUAAGCCUAAUCUGAAUAUAAACAUCCACAACUCAGCCUCCAUGUUCACAAAUAACAACCAUUUGGACAACUCAUUCAGUAACCCCCCGGUCAAACCACAGUUUAGCAUGGAUGACGAUGGAGUCUCUGUCAACAGGCCAAGUAUUGGAAAAAGACCAACCACUAUCAGGGUUCCCAGCAUGACUGGGUCAGUGGUAGGCAACUUUAAAGACAGUGGUCAUCCUCUUCCAACUCAGAAGCCUGUGAGUCCUCUAACCCCGUCUGCGAGCUACAAACAAAUCACCAAGUCUUCAAUGUCCCUUCAGAACUCUUUUGGUGUCAGUCCAACACCAUUGCUACCACCUCGGAAACCCACUAUGGAAAAGUCCCUCCCGCCCCGUCCUUCUCUGGUUAAAGCAGGCCCAGGAAGACAACUCCCGUCGACCCUUCAGGCAACAGAUGUAUCUCAGUCAAAGCCACCUAAAUACCUGGCACAGAUGCCCCCCAAAAAAGGACUCAUUUUGCCUCCAAGACCCUGUCCAGGCCACCGUCUCUACAUCAAAUACACACUUCAGCUCCCUCAUGGGAUUGCAUCCUUUGACUACGAUGGGAGUGAUUCAGGACAUCUGACACUGCAGAAAAACGAAGUUCUUCUGCUCCUGAACGAGAUUAACCGCGAUGAAUUUGAGUGCCAGGUUGGCGAAACCACAGGGAGAGUUCACAAAUAUCGAAUGAAGGUCAUAACUCCUUUGGGCACACCUCCACUACAGGGUGCUUCAGGUGGAGACGAUUGUGGACUGACGGUUCAGGCUCUGUACGACUUUGAUCCAGAGAAUCCAGGAGAGCUGAGACUCCGAGAAGGAGAUUUUGUGACUGACGUGGAGCAGUUGGACAACCAGUGGUACCAAGGCACCUGUGAUGGAUCUACUGGUUACUUUCCUGUCAAUUAUGCCAAAGUCUUGUCAAACUCACCAAAAUCACUCCCUAAAAAGAAAACUAAGCCAAAACCAGCAACAAUCAGUGGUCCGAGAUGUGUGGCGAUAUUUAACUUCGAUGGGGAGCACAGUGAUGAGCUGUCCUUCUCUGAAGGGGAGAUGAUCCAGCUGAAGGAGUUGGUGGGGGAGGACUGGGCUCGGGGACAGAUCGGCACCUCCAUCGGCAUCUUCCCCCUUAACUUUGUGGACAUCAUUGAAGAUCUGCCCCCAUCUCGAAAUCAGCUGCAGUCCAGCAAAGUGGCACUGCCUGGUGUGGCUGCUUCUCCCUGCAUGCAGUCUGAGGCUGCCAAACCUGUUCAGGCUUCUAAGCCCAGCGCGGAAUGGGCAACAGCCCUGUAUGAUUAUGCUGCAAUAUCAGCUGAUGAGCUGUCCUUCCAACAAGGUGACCGAAUCCUGAUCACCGAUCACAUCAAUGAGGAGUGGAGCAGUGGCAGGCUCGGCGGCAGAGAAGGCAUGUUCCCCAGGGCUUUCAUCAAGGCCAGCUCAGGACAAGCGCCUAAUGGGGCUGCAGGUGGUGAGAGAGCUAGAGCGUUGUACAGCUACACAUCAGACUGUGAGGAGGAGCUCUCGAUACGGGUCGGGGACAUAAUAACCAACCUGGAGUCUGUUGAUGAAGAGUGGUUCCUGGGUGAUCUCAGGGGGAAACGAGCUCUGGUUCCUAAAAACUACGUGAAAGUGUUGAAAUAAGGCUGCAAGUUUAGCAGCUUGGCUCAGAGGA